UUCGAUUCUAGUCAGAUUUGUGCCGGGUUCGAAUUGCAAAAAAAGAAAGAAAAACUGAAAAGAAAGAGAGAGAGAGAAAAGGGGAAAAGAAACGUGAGGAGGUGGAGGAGACUACGCGCCCACCCUCGCCGCUUCGAAUUCCUCGUCGCCUCUGCCCUCCCCUCCCCUCCUCGAGGUCGCAACCCGCGAGGCGCGUCCACACCGUGAGCCCUAGCCCUAGCCCUAGCCGCCCAGUGAGAGCCGAUGCAGACGGAGGCGCGCGUGGGCGUCGUCGUCGACGGCGGCCGCGCCGCCGUGGGCCGGCGCCAGGAGCAGCGCCACAUCGGCACGGCGGCGCACCUCGCCGCCGGCGGGCUCGCGGGCGCCGUCAGCAAGACAUGUACCGCCCCCCUCGCGCGGCUCACCAUCCUCUUCCAGGUGGCGGGUAUGCAUUUAGAUGUUGCAACUCUAAGAAAGUAUAGCAUAUGGCAUGAGGCUUCACGAAUUGUUCGAGAAGAAGGGUUUGGAGCAUUUUGGAAAGGCAAUCUGGUGACAAUUGUACAUCGCUUGCCUUAUUCUGCCAUCAGUUUCUAUUCUUAUGAGCGCUACAAAAAUCUUCUCCAAAUGGUUCCUGGCUUGGAUGGAGACUCAAAUUAUGUUGGUGUUGUACGUUUGCUUGGUGGUGGUUUAGCGGGAAUAACAGCUGCAUCUGUAACUUACCCAUUGGAUGUUGUCCGUACUCGUUUGGCAACACAGAAAACCACUAGGUAUUACAAGGGCGUCUUUCAUGCGAUAUCUACAAUUUGUAGAGAUGAGGGUGUCAAAGGAUUAUACAAAGGCCUUGGGGCCACAUUAUUGGGAGUUGGACCUAGUAUAGCAAUCAGCUUUUCUGUAUAUGAAUCACUGAGGUCUCAUUGGCAAAUGGAAAGGCCCCAUGAUUCCACUGCGGUUGUUAGCUUGUUUUCUGGGAGUUUAUCUGGUAUUGCAUCAUCGACAGCCACAUUUCCUCUUGAUCUUGUAAAGCGGCGGAUGCAACUACAAGGGGCAGCUGGGACAGCAUCUGUCUACAAAUCAAGCAUAACCGGAACUGUCCACCAAAUCUUUCAGAAGGAAGGCCUUCGUGGCUUCUACAGAGGCAUUGCUCCUGAGUAUCUCAAGGUUGUUCCUAGUGUCGGAAUUGCCUUCAUGACCUACGAGACAUUGAAGAGCUUGCUCUCCACCAUUGACACGGAUGAUGAGAGCUGAGGUUUUCCAUUUUACAACGAAGUUACAGCGAGAUUUUGGCCAUAGGUUACUGUCAGAAACUAAGUGCAUCAAAAUGAUUACAUGACCGGCAGUAUGGCAGUUUUGUAGUUGGUAGGAUAUAGCUUACCUGAGAUGUGUACACAUAAACCGUCAGCGUUAUGUUGUACCGUAUAUUAAGAGGAAACGAGCACUCCAUCCUUGUGUUCCUCUGAGCAUUAUGCUCCAGUUUUGUGUUCUGAAAUGUAGCGCCCUUUGAAAGAGGAAGUGUGAAGAUCAAUGAUUCUACAGAUUCCAAUUUUCUUUUGCAGCAAAAUUGGCUACAGUUGUUCCAAAGUGAUGUAUGUCUUUGUACCGGGAGAUUUUGGUUUCUUAAGAACUUAUAAACAAGAUUUCCUUUUGUGAGGUGAAA